AAUUGCCCAAAUGGCUGCCAACCUUCCUAUCGUCCCCUUCGCAAACACCGCGCAGACAAAUUCACGAAACCAAAACCCGCUCUAUUGCCAGUCCGUCAUCCACAGACAGCUGCGUUUCACUCAUUGCCCAUGUCGCCGCGGGCCAAGCCCAAGACACUGGAGGACCUGCGUCGGGCCGAAAUCGAGCAUGGGCAGCUACGCGCGUUGUGCGCGAUGGAAGAGGCUCUCGAAGAAAUCAGCACCCACAUAAUCGACAUAAAAGCACUUGAGCUCUGAACAUCGCCAUCGGCGACCCUCUUGAUCUCGACGGCGGGAGACCCUGGGAGAUUGGGACAACGUUCUUUCAGCCCUGGGUGCCCGACGAAGUCUUUGGGAAUCUGUCAGAUUACAUAGAGAGUUGGCACGACCGCUUAACAUGGGAUGUGGAGAGCUUCGGGUACCCAUGCGAUAUGGUGAUACCAAGGCUCGGUGGUUCAACGACUCUAUCCAGGAGUUCGUCGACCAACACCAGAUCUAUGAGAAGACUGGACUUUGGCUUCCGACGUACAUGUUCCGCGGUCUACAUGUAGGCAAUUCAUCGCACCCCACCGAAUACUUAUCUGAAGCCGCGUACUUCCCCGUUGAUGAGAACCAACCCCACAUCGCCUCCUUCAUCAUCGACUCAAACGAGGCACCGGGCGACCAAGUCCUCCGAAACGAGGUCGACUACGCCAUCACGCUCGUCAAAUACCGGCUCGCACAGGGCCGCCACACCAACCAUCACACCAAACCCGCCACCAUCUACACCAUCGAGCGCGAGAGCUUUGCCCGCAUCACACAGGCCUACUUCGACGGCAAGACCAACAAGCUGGUCUUGCGGCAGUUGAGACACCUGGACCUGUGGGGACCCAAGCCCCCGGACGACGCCUACACCCUCCUGCGCUGGAUGGCGAACCACCCCUGCGGCCAUACCGAGUAUGUUGACGAGGACGAGCCGGAGGAGGAGGCCAACAUGACGACGGACUCGUCGGAUACGGUACCGAAGCUCCUGCUUGGGCAAGCCUGAUGUCGCCCGUGGCCUUGCUCGCUCUUUUGCUUAAGUGGUAGCGGGACAUUGGAUAGCUCUAGAUAGUUCAGGACGGGAAAUGCUACUCCAGUUUGCUGAC